UAGCGACGUUGCCGUCACCGAGCCAUCAAGUGCCAAAUAAAAAUAACUUAAAUGACCCAAAUUUCCUGAAAGUGUAUCAACUGCACGUUCCAUAUGUUCCAAGGUGUACGCACGUGUCAAAUAAUUUUAAAAUAGCAAAAUCGUGGGUGUUUUUGUGCCCGUAAAAGACUUGGCAUCACCGUUCCGCCAUAUUGUUUGUGCUCCACGUCCUGUGUUGCGUGCGGAGAAUUUUUAAGUUAAUUUGAAUCCCUCGCACGCAUUUGAAAAGUUUUCACUUAAAAAUGAGUUACGGACGCCCUCCUCCACGUAUCGACGGUAUGGUUUCCUUAAAAGUAGACAAUCUGACAUACCGCACCACCCCCGAGGACCUGCGAAGGGUCUUCGAGCGGUGCGGCGACGUCGGCGAUAUUUACAUCCCUCGGGACAGAUUCACACGCGAAAGUCGGGGUUUCGCAUUUGUCAGGUUUUACGACAAGAGGGACGCUGAAGACGCCCUGGACGCCAUGGAUGGCCGGAUGCUCGACGGAAGGGAGCUGAGGGUCCAGAUGGCAAGGUAUGGACGCCCCACGUCGCCACAUCGCAGAUACAGGGGACGAAGAAGGUCACGUUCCAGAUCGCGCUCACGGUCGAGGUAUUCGCGGUCACGAUCGAGGUCACGUGGCAAGAGGAGUAGGUCACGCUCUAGGAAUCGCUCAGGGAGUGGGUCACGUUCCAGGUCAGAUAGCAAGAGCUCGAGGGGGCGGUCGAGGUCGGCGUCUAAAUCGGAAGGGAAGAGGUCCAAGUCCAGAUCCAACAGCAAGUCGCGGUCUAGGUCUAGGUCUUAGGUGGCAGAGCCGUAGCAGAAUGAGUGCGAAAGCUGUUACAGGCGGUGCUCUCUUGAAAGCAGGCGGAGUGGUGCUGUGUAGCAGUCGAAAAAAUGCUGUGUAGCUGUUGAAACGAGCGAUCGAGAGAAAGAACGGUGGUGGCAGUGUACCAGUCGGUCGUUAGCAAGGGGUGGCAGUGUCGAGAAAGAACUGGACCCUAGCCAAAAAUGCUCGGUGGGGCUGUCCAGUCUCUUCCAACGGUCACAGUCUACCCAGGGGCUGCCGUUCUUUACAAGCGAUUUUUUAGAAGGGGUUAGGGGGGAAUGAGGUUCUCACGAGGUAAGUAGGGGAAAUCAGCAGGCAGCCCCCAUAUUUUUUUAAUAUAAUAUCGCACGAUUCUCGAUUGGUUGUCUCAUAGGACCCCACACUGACGGGGCUCUUUAAGGUGAAUUUAACUUUAUUUACAGGUCAUUUUACAAGUAAUAAAGGGCUAAUUGAA